AGAUCUCCUCUUUCCAGUCUCCACCACCUCCACUACGAACAAAAAAAAAGAAAAAAAGGAAGGGAAAAAUCUCCCGGGGCGCAAGCAAACGUGACGCCACGCCUCACUCCGUGUCCCUCGUCCUCGUCCUCUUCCUCCUCUCCCCACUUUCCCCGUUAAUAAUUCGGCAAUCGAUCGCUGCCGCCGCCGCGACUGCGACUGAAGCCUCUGCUCCGCUCCGCUCGCCGCUGGAAGAUGGAGCCUGACCAGAGUGGCACCGGGCAGACUUCUCCCCGCGGGAACGACUGGGAGGUCGUGCAGCUCACCGCUUCAAACUACGCUUCUGCACCUGGUCCGACGAGAACUGAACCUUCCGACGAGGAGGCUGAAGGCCAGGUGUAUGACGCAGAGGGGGGUGAUUCCGCAGCCGCGUCGCUGCUCAUGUCUGGCCAUUUCUCGGUGCCGCAGAGUGAGGCUGAGAAACUCCUCAUGGAAGCUGAUACUAGCAUAUAUCAGCAGGAGGCGCGCGGCAGCCAGUAUGCAGUUUCUGACAAGGGUGGAGAUGGUAUGUACGAAGACCAGCAGGAGAAACUGAAGGACGACGGUCUUGACAGGAUCCCAUCCUUCGACAAAGGGAAAAGCCUUUCCCCUGUUGAUAUGGAGCCUGACGAUGGGAACGCAUUGCACAGCAUUAGUCAGGCUGGGGAAGACCCAGUUACAUUCUCAUCAUCUGGUUACAGUGCAACGGAGGCUGAGAAAGAAGUUACCGAGAGUGCCAAGGAGAAGACUGAAGAAAAUAUAACGCUCCAAAAUGUCGACCCUGUCACUGAUUCGUCCAAUGUUGUUGCUUCCGGUGAGGAGAGCAAGCCUGACGGUUCUGGAGCCCCACGCAAUGCGUGGUGGCAGAAGCAACUUAUAUCGCUCUACAGGAGCGCUAAAGAGAGCAACAAGCUCUGGCCUAUCGUUGUGGCUGCUGCCGCUUUGAUGGGGAUGGCAUAUUUCCGGCGGCGCUGGCAGAAGGGCAAGCUGCAGCUUCAGCAGGUCAAAUUGCAACCUGCCAGCAGCAAGGAGGUAAUCGUGGGACGCCUUCCUUUUGAUCAUACUAGCCAAAUUUUCCAUGCAACUGAACAGACUAGUUUGGCCUGAAAUUCAGAGAAUCAACCAGGCCACCGUACCGCUUAACCGAAUCAAGGACAUUCUUGUCGCUGGCAACCACCCGAGUCCGGCUACUCAUGGAAAUGCUCGAUUGGGCUGAUGAUGAUAACCAUCCCGCCGACGGAUGAUGUAUCCUGAAACUAGUGUAUGCAAUGGAGAAAUACCCGAUGCCGCAGAACGUAUGGACGUUUAUGCGUGCUGGCUGUGUAAUUAAACCCCAAAACUCCUCCUGGGUAUGUAAAUAUACACGAGUUUUGUGUGGUUGCUUUCCCUCCUUUGGGAGAACUCCCACCUUGGCCAGGUUCAGUGUGCUGCUGCAGUUUGUCAGGCACUGUAACUUCUUCCGUUGCUUUCGUGGAUUUCUUUUAA